AUGGCAGACGCAGAUGAGGAGGUUUUUAAAGCCCCCGGUGCCUCUACGCAGGCCGAGGUAGACCUGUCUGAUGAGACCCAGGACUUUCGCUUCCUCAAUAACUCGAAUAUCUAUGCCGAUGGAGCUAGCAUUCCGCGUCGCGGAGAGAAAGACUUCGAACCCAACCCAACUCAGCACCAAACUGGCGUCCUCUCUGAAUCGCGAAGAGCCAUGCACAAUGCGCUCUCAUUCCCUCGCCUCCAUGGCGGAAAGACCCAUGUGAUAGCUUUCUAUGCUCCCGAGGGAUACUCUCCCCUAGCCGAUACUGCUGCACCAAAAACUGGAGAAGACAGCGAGAAGAGUCCCGAUUUCACUGAAAAGCCUGCGAGGCCCACGCCGAAGUCUGCCAACAUAUCCCCCGAUGCAUGUGUCUGCGUACCUAACCCGAAAGGCCAACUUUUUAAAUCGCUAGGCCAAGCUGAUCGAUGGAAUCGUCUAUGGCUGCUGCCGGAGGAAGCCCUCUAUCUUAUGGAGAGAGGUAGUCUGGAUAUUAGAUGGCCUAGCUCAUCCGGCUCCUCUGGAGUUUCAGGAGGGAAGGAAGAUCUCUCCAUACCCAUGAGCUUGCAGGCCGCAUAUGCAUCUUUCGUGGGGCAUGGCGGUUUGACGCUUGAAAGGUACUCUGUUUACACCGGUCUCAAGCGAUUGGGGUAUUCGCUCGCCCGAGCUCCUGGGUGGAGCGAUGAAUUUGAACAGCAAGACUCAGACACUUCAAACCCCAGUAAACCCGCUGCGCCAGAGCUCCGUGGAGCCGGUUUGGCGGGUAUUUUUGCGUCCCUCUUCAAUUGGAUCCAUGAUCCUCAUGCAACUGCUUCCACGGCUACUGGACCCAUCAUUGGCACGGGAAUUCGUCGUCACUACAUGGAUGUAUACAGCAAGCUCGCCAUCAUUCCCUGGUACGACCCAGUCACCGCGCCUGAAUCACAUACCUCCGACACAACACUACCAUUCCGCGUCGUGCUCCAUGUUUGGAAACCGUCGGUCAACUACAAAAAAUCGUCACCCCCACCCCCAGAUUUCCGCGUCGCGGUCCUCAGCACCCGCGAUCAAACCACCAUGCCGACUAUGACGCAACUAGGUGCACUGCUUGAAAGUACACCACUUGACCCUCCUCGCGGAGAAAAGAUGGAGCGCAUGAUGUACAUGCGGUUGCGGCAUGGAUACCGCAACGUCGUCAUGGCUGUCGUUGACCAGGGUGUUGUCAGCUACCUGCGGGUCGCUGAUUCGGCAUUCGGGAAGGAAAAGCUUUAUAAGAAUCAGGGCGGGCCGAGGGGACCCAAAACCAAUCGUGGAAAUCAGAAGUCAAGGAAACGUUGA